AUGGCGACUUCUUUAAAUCUUUUUGUGCUAUUUAUCUACUUCUCUGCAUUAGUCUACGUUCUUUCUGCUCUGGGCACUGAUGGGACAGUCCUAUUAUCCCUCUCAAAACGUUGGACCGUUAUUCCUCCUCCUAUAAAAUCUAGUUGGAAUGCAUCGGAUCCCAAUCCGUGCUCAUGGAUCGGCAUUAAAUGUGGUAACAAUAGUCGCCAUGCGGUCUCUCUGAAUCUUUCCAGCUCUGGAAUUUCAGGUCAGUUAGGACCCAACAUUUGUUCACUGAGGCACUUAGAAGUAAUUGAUAUCUCCUUGAACAGCUUUUUCCGCACAAUCCCUUCAGAACUUGGCAACUCUAGGCUUCUGGAAUUCUUGGACCUGUCCUUGAACAGCUUCACCGGAAUCAUACCAUUCAGUCUCGGAAACUUGAAGACUUUACAAUUCUUAAACUUGUAUGGAUCCAUUUACUUGAACAACAAUAAGCUUAGUGGCACCAUAUCUUCAAAUGUGCAAAACAUGAGCAAGAUUGUCAAUUUCUGGUUACACGGGAGCGAAUUAUCCGGGACCAUUCCAUCUUCCAUAGGAAACUGUAGUACCUUGCAAGAAAUUUACUUGAGCGACAACCAUCUAGUUGGAACUUUGCCAGAAAGCCUGAACAAUCUUGCGCACCUUACAUACUUAGACGUCAGUAACAACACUUUAGUAGGCAAAAUUCUUUUGGGUUCCGGAAACUGCAAAGAAAUGAACUCGUUGGUUUUGUCUGACAACAGAUUUAGCGCAAGUAUUCCACCAGGUUUGGGAAAUUACAGUAGCCUAACAGAACUUGCUGCUGUCAACUCUGGCUUAACUGGACCUGUUCCUUCUUCUUUCGUCAGCUAA